GAAAAGUACGAUCCUGGCCACUCCCCUUUAUGAGAGAGCAGGUCAGAAUGCUGAGAAAGAAAAUUAGCAGUCUGGAGAAGAGACUCAGUGACACUCACUGAGGUUCGAUUAGUAAUAGUAUUUUUGUGUUAUUUUGCAUGACAGAGACCGGCAGUAUGACAAAAUUAAGGGGGAACGAGAAAGAACCAACUUUCAUAGAAAUGUCUAAGACGAACGAAUCAAGUGGAGAUGGGGCAGCAGUGCUGACGGGGUACAGGAAGAAAUGUCCGACAGUGGAAGACAAUAAUGGACUCGGCUGUCUACCCAACUCCACCACCGACUCUCACCUUCCUGGCAUUCCCGAGAGCCUUAGCACCAGAGAGUCCACCUGCCUCGUCUCCAGUAUGCAAGGGCUAGAGAAACAGCCUCAGAGCAAAGACUCCAUUUUCUUCAGGGAUGGCGUCCGGAGGAUCGACUUUGUCCUGUCGUACGUCGACGACCCCACGAAGGACGGAGAGAAGAAAGCGGAAAGGAGACAGGAAUUUGAAAUGAAUUUGCAGGCAGCCGGCCUGCAACUGGAGACAGAGGAUAAAAAUGAGUCGGAGGACGGGAAGACGUACUUCCUGAAGAUCCACUCUUCGUGGGAUGUGCUGACUGCGUACGCGGAGAUCCUGAAGAUCAAAGUGCCCUUCAAGGAGAGCGACAUCCCCAGCAACGACGAGACGCCUCUGAACUGGCUGUUCAAGCCCUUCAAACUCCCGCACGAGGUGAUGUGCCCCGAGCCCGACUACUUCACCUCACCCUUCGAGAAUAAGAAGCCUGGCUUCUUCCUCAUCGAGGACAAGGACACCAUCUUCCCCCCCUCCACCCGCAACAGGAUUGUGUACUACAUUCUCUCACGGUGCCCCUACGCGACAGAGGAUGGAAAGAAAAAGCUGGGAAUCAACCGGCUUCUGAGCAACGGCUCCUACACGGCAGCCUUCCCGCUUCACGACUGUCAGUACUGGAUGAAAGCAAAGGACCAGCAAUGUGAGAAUGACAGGUUCACCCUGUACAGAUCAUGGGCCAGGUUCAUGUGCUUCUACAAGGAGCAGCCCCUGAAUCUCAUCAGGAAGUACUACGGAGAGAAGAUUGGCAUCUACUUUGCCUGGCUGGGUUUCUACACAGAAAUGCUUUUCUAUGCGGCAAUCGUUGGUUUAAUCUGUUUCUGUUACGGCGCUUUCACCUACAAUGAUAAUGUGUGGAGCCAGGAAAUCUGCAGUGUGGAUAUCGGAGGCGAGAUUGUCAUGUGUCCUCUGUGUGACCGGAAGUGUGGUUAUUGGAAACUGAACACAACCUGCGAAUCCUCCUUUCAAUCCCAUCUGUUUGACAAUGUUGGCACGUUAUUCUUUGCCAUAUUCAUGGGCAUAUGGGUGACCUUGUUCUUGGAGUUCUGGAAGCGCCGACAGGCCCGGCUGGAGUACGAGUGGGACCUGGUGGAUUUCGAGGAGGAGGAGGAGGAGCAGCAGCUCCAGCUCCGGCCCGAGUACGAGACUAAGUGCACCAGGCGCAAGAUGAACCCCGUCACCCAGAAAAUGGAGCCCUUCCUGCCCUUAAGAAGCAAGUGUGCACGUUUCUGUUUGUCUGGAGCCACCGUCAUGUUUUGGAUCGCCCUCAUCAUCGCCUGCGUCAUCGGCGUGAUUGCGUACCGCCUCGCUGUUUACGCUGCCUUAGCCAGCAUCAUGAAGGAGAACCAGACCCAGAACCUGCAGCUGGUGGGCUCUCUGAUCACCCCGCAGCUCGCCACCUCCGUCACAGCCUCCUGCCUCAACUUUGUGCUCAUCAUGAUCCUCAACACCCUGUACGAGCGAGUGGCCAUCUGGAUCACUGAUCUGGAAAUCCCCAGGACUCACCAGGAGUAUGAGAACCGGUUGACCAUGAAGAUGUUCCUCUUCCAGUUUGUCAACUACUACUCCUCCUGCUUCUACGUGGCCUUCUUCAAGGGCAAGUUCGUGGGCUACCCCGGCAACUACACCUACAUGUUCGGAGUGCUGAGAAAUGAGGAGUGUGACCCCGGUGGCUGUCUCAUUGAACUCUCCACUCAGCUUCUCAUUGUCAUGGCCGGCAAGCAAAUCUGGGGCAACAUUCAGGAAGCCCUUGUGCCGUGGUUGAAGAACUGGUGGAGAAGCCGCAAGGCGCGCAAUCACCCUGAGAGCUUGUACACCCGCUGGGAGCAGGACCAUGACCUGCAGUGCCUCGGGCAGCUGGGGCUCUUCUAUGAGUACCUGGAGAUGGUGAUCCAGUUUGGGUUCAUCACCCUGUUCGUGGCCUCCUUCCCCCUGGCUCCUCUCCUCGCUCUCUGCAAUAACAUCCUGGAGGUGCGCGUGGACGCCUGGAAGUUCACCACCCAGUUCCGCAGGCCCGUGGCAUCCAAGGCCCAGAGCAUCGGAGUGUGGCAGGAGAUCCUCAACGGAGUGGCUGUUUUGUCUGUCGUCACCAACGCCUUCAUCGUGGCAUUCACCUCGGACAUGAUCCCCCGGCUGGUGUAUUAUUAUGCCUACCACCCUGGCACGGAGAACUCCAUGGAGGGGUACAUCAAUAACAGCCUGUCCGUCUUCAACAUCUCCCACUUCAAGCCCCACAACAUGCCGGAGGAUGGAGAGAGCCCCAGCUGGUUCAACAGCUCCAUCAUCACCAGCUGCAGGUACAAUGAUUACCGCUAUCCUCCAGGGCAUGAGAAGGAGUACCAGCACACCAUGCAGUUCUGGCACGUCUUGGCAGCCAAAAUGGCCUUCAUUAUCAUCAUGGAGCACGUGGUGUUCAUGGUGAAGUUCUUAAUGGCCUGGAUGAUCCCGGACGUCCCGAAAGACGUGAAGGCCCGGGUGAAGAGGGAGAAGUACCUCACCCAGGAGUACCUGCGCAACUACGAGAUCAAGAUGCUGAAGAAGCAGCUGGGAGAGAAUUCUUCCUCCUCCACGGACCAUCACGAGGUGCUGUCCGAGGUCAUGUAGCCCCCCACCCCCCCCGAGCACUUCCAAGGACAGCCACAAGCAAACCCCCAGUGAGACUGCGAACUGAAAGCCCUGCUCCACUUGCGCUGGGUGAUUUUUUCUUUUUCUUUUUCUUUUUUUUCCCGAUGAGCAGCACUCCUCCUUGUCCUGUCUGUCUCUCUGCAGCGACAGCAUUAACAGGAAGUAGAACCCUAUAGAAUUAACACAUUUUGCUUAAAGUUGAAUGAAACCUGCAGAACAAUGUUACGUUAACAUAGUACUUAACGAAAAACAUUUUGAAAUCUAACAUUCUGUACUAUUAUAGUUUCCGGUAAACCUUUUGCGAUACCAUUUUGUAGUUUCCUUGAUUACAUUAUUAUAUCAAAUAAAAGACCUAACUUGUGUUCAUAUAGUUACAUUUUAUUUGUUAUUAUGUCUCAAUCCUAAAAUUCGAGGUGAUGCAAAACAUUUGUCCAGAGCUGUAAAAAAAAAAAAGAAUCCUUGCAGUUGAACAAAAAACAAACAAACAUGACAAUCAAUCUGAAUUCUGCAGGAGGGACACAUUUUGAUCAGAUAGUUAAAGUUGCAAAGAAUCCUAGUGCUGUAUGCUGGAUACUAGAUCCAGUUAAGUGAAAUGAGUCGAAAUGUAUUGCACAGUGAAGACCUCAAGCUGCUAUUGAAAAACCAUGAAAGAAGCACCUUUAAUGCUCAACGUUUCUGUAUGAUUAGUGUCACUGUGACCUUUUCUGUGUCAGGUUAUGUUCAUUCAUUUUAUUUUAUUUCAUUCUAAUUUUGUGCCAAGAUACAAUUUCAACAGUCGGGCCGCUAGGGGUAGCAAUGACAUCCCAGUGACAUUAUGAUAAUGGGGUUGCAGGGAAGCCAGGAUUGAAUUGUGUUUGAUAUAUACAUUAGUGUAAUUUCAAUUUGGGUACAGCAUCUUUAUCAGCCUAUUGUGUGCCAAUUAUAAAGACACUACACUGCUGUGCCUGUGUUUUUAAGAGCGAAUUAAUGUGCAA